AUGCUGCUGGUGCUGGUGGUGCUCAUCCCCGUGCUCGUGAGCUCGGGCGGCCCGGAUGGCCACUACGAGAUGCUGGGCACCUGCCGCAUGGUGUGCGACCCCUACCCCGCGCGGGGCCCCGGCGCCGGCGCGCGGCCCGACGGCGGCGACGCCCUGAGCGAGCAGAGCGGCGCGCCGCCGCCCUCCACGCUGGUGCAGGGCCCCCAGGGGAAGCCGGGACGCACAGGCAAGCCGGGCCCUCCCGGGCCCCGUGGGAACCCGGGUCCUCCGGGUCCUGUGGGGCCACCCGGGGAGAAGGGUGAGCCGGGCAAGACCGGCCCUCCCGGGCUGCCGGGCGCGGGGGGCAGCGGCGCCAUCAGCACGGCCACCUAUACCACGGUGCCGCGCGUGGCCUUCUACGCCGGCCUCAAGAACCCUCACGAGGGUUACGAGGUGCUCAAGUUCGACGACGUGGUCACCAACCUAGGCAACAACUACGACGCGACCAGCGGCAAGUUUACAUGCAACAUUCCCGGCACCUACUUUUUCACCUACCACGUCCUCAUGCGCGGCGGCGACGGCACCAGUAUGUGGGCGGACCUCUGCAAGAACGGCCAGGUGCGGGCCAGCGCCAUUGCCCAGGACGCAGACCAGAACUACGACUACGCCAGCAACAGCGUGAUCCUGCACCUGGACGCGGGCGACGAGGUCUUCAUCAAGCUCGACGGAGGCAAAGCGCACGGCGGCAACAGCAACAAAUACAGCACAUUCUCCGGCUUCAUCAUCUACUCCGAUUGAGCUCCUCGCGACCCCUCCAUCCCCUAUCCCCCCGGAGGUCCCCUCCCGGCGGAGCAGAGGAUGACCCGUCCCCCUACCCCCACCCCCUCGCUGCCCGCCACGGCCGCCGGCUUCUCCCGGCUAUGACG